AUGAAUGUUACCAAAAAAAAUAAAGAAAAAAUUCUACGAGGAAAUACAUUGCAAAUCUACUUGAUGCAGCACAUUCAAAUGACGCAAGGCCCUAACACAGACACCUAUAUAUACGACUUGGAUGAAGAAUUUAUAGAUUCAUUGAAAUUACUAUCAUUUGACUUGGAUACCUUUGAAGCAGUGGAGCAAAUCGAAGACCCUAUUUUGCAACGUCCCAAGGUGGCCAAGGACGUGAACUACUACAAGUCCGAUUUGCAUCGCUAUAAUUUGAAAAGACUGCAAAACAAUUUACCCCCGGUGGAUGAAGAUGAGUUUGAGAAGUUAAUUGAAACACAGUCGAUUGACAGUAUUUCGGGAUCGGAGUCAGAGGGCGAGUCUGGUCUGGAAGAUGAUAAAGCUAAUGAUGAACAAGAGCAAAAGGUCAAAAGCUUGAUCAAAAGGUUGGAUUCUGUGACUGUUUCAGACGACUCCGUGUCAGCGUCUCACUUGAACACCAAAAGUCCCUUCAUUCUUUUUGGCUCUAAGUCUGUUACAAACGAUGAAGCAAUUGGCAUUUAUAAAGCACUGUUUCCCACAAUCGCAUUAAAUGAUCCUUUGGGAUAUCUCAAGCACGCACAGGAACAAAAAGGUUCAAUGUCAGCAAUACUAAUGAUUGGCGGUGGGCAUUUUGCCGGAGCCAUUAUCAGUCACAGAAGGAAUGAUUUGAAGUCCAUCAAUAACAAGGAUAGCUUGAAAAUGCAACAGGUGAAUGUUAUAGCUUCGAAAACAUUUCAUCGGUACACAACAAGACGUAAACAAGGUGGCUCACAAGGUACUAGUGACAAUUCUCGUGGAAAAGCUAUUUCUGCGGGUUCAAGUAUUAGACGCUACAAUGAGAAGGCAUUGGCUCAAGAAGUGCGAGAACUUCUUGCUCAAUGGAGUGUCUAUUUGAGACAAUGCACGGCGAUUUACAUUCGUGCGAAUGGACCAACCAAUAAGAAGGUCUUGAUAGGGUAUGAAGGCUCGCCCUUCGAAGCCAGUGACGACAGAAUUAGAAAGCUACCAUUUUCAACACAAAGGGCAAGCUUAUCGGAAGUAAAAAGAAGUUGGGUUGAGUUGACACAUUAUAAGAUAGUAGCGUUGCCUAAGAUUGAAACCGUCAAUGAAAAAGACCCAACAAAAAGUACACAAGAGAAACUGACUAACUCAAACCUCAAGAGGACAGAAGGGAAUGAAGAUGACCGACGCGACAAGCAAAUCGAGGAAGUUCUAAGCAUUUUGAGAAAGCAAAAAGCCCCAAGAUUAUUAAAAUGGGUCAAGGAUAAUCAAAUCGACGUUGAUACAUACCGAAUCGACACAAGCGCAUAUGCACAAGCACCAACAUUGCUUCAUUAUGCUUCUGCAAAUGGCCUCUCACACAUGAUUCAAAUCUUGUUGAUUAAUUUGAAAGCUUCGCCUUUGGUACAAAACAGGGCUGGAAGAUAUCCUGCCGAGCUAGCCGAUCAAAACACCAAAAGAGCAUUCCAAAUUGCUAGGUAUAAACUAGGAGAGUCACACUGUGAUUGGGAUAAGGCAAAAGUGUUACCUGCCAGGUCUAAGGAAGAGUUUGAUGAUGAAGAUAGAGUUAAAGAGGAGGAAGAGAGAUUAGCUAAACAGAAUCUUCUUAAAGCUGAGGCCUCGAAGGAGGUGAGAAAUACUUCAAGCAUGAAGUCCAACCAAAAUGAUCUUACAGGUUUAAAUGAAGAGCAACGUUUAAAACUCAUGAGGGAGCAAAGAGCAAGAGCGGCCGAAGCUAGACUAAAAAGAUGA